CAAGAACCUCAACCCGAGCAACACGAACCCGAGGCUGCACUCCACCACAUGCCCGAACAGAACAAAGCUUUCCCACCACCCGAUUACUUCCAACAACUCCUUGAAGGGUUCAACAAAGUCACAAAUGAAGUUGGUAAAUAUCGGGAGGAACAAAGGGCGGGAUUCCAAAGACUCGAGGAACAACGGGCCGAGGACAACCGACGGUAUGAAGAGGAUCAACGUAGGUUCUAUGGACCUAUGUACUCGUACAUGGCUCAUCAAGGCCAAUUCCAUACCAUGGCUCAACCACCCCCACCCCCUCUUGGUAUGACCCCACUAAAUGGGGUAAUUUUGGAGGAUCUAGCUCCGGGGGUGGAGGUUUUGAUGGCGGGGAUGACGGUGGCGAUACUCACAUGGGCGACGGGAGCUAUGGAGGCGGCUUUGGAGGCAGUUACUAUGGCGGAGAAGGCGGGCACUAGGGACAGUGCUUAAAAUAAGUGUGGGGGAGGAGACUCAUCAUGGAACUCACUUGAUCUUUUGGGGAGAAAGAGGAGAAAAAGAGAAAAAAGAGAAGAAGAGGAAGAAGAGGCAAGAUGAUGGCGCAUAGAAGAUCAUAAAACCCAAGAGAGAAUGUUGUUUGUAAAAUCAUUUUUUAUUUCUUGGUGAUCUUAGCUCUUUUCUUUCUUGAACUCAUGGAAUGAUCUUAAACUGUUUGAAACAUUUGACUUUACUCGAGGACGAGUAAAGAACUAAGUGUGGGG